AUGGGAUGCACAGGGAAUCCUCCGGAUCGUAUCGGUGAUUGGAUCGUGUGUACGGCGCCGCUCAAGACAAACAGCAAUCUUCUUCGUUGCAAGUUACUCAAGACCAUUGGGGACGCAUACUUCCUCGCGGGCAAGUUUCCGGAGGCGACGGCGACAUACGAACAGCUUCUCAAAGUCCGAGCGCAACUUGGGUGGAGCGUCUCCGCCUUCCUGCCACGCGGGCAUCGAGGGCCUAGACGAUGUGUCUCCAUUGAGAGCGAGAGCCUGAACCUCCUUCUGUGCUACUACGCAGCGGGGAACAAAGAGAAGAUGCAAGAGCACUUCUUGCGCAUGAUUGUUUUGCAAGACAACGUGCCGGGCGCCGAUGAGGCGGCAGAGAACGAAGACGACGAUGAGGAGCUUUCGCCCGCCAUGUCUCCGCUCAGCACGUCGGCCCUGAGCCCUUCCUUCUGCGGCGCGCCUUCGUGCUGGGCAUGUCCCGACUUCUCGCCGAAACAUGAUGCGCGUUCUUCCUCCACGCCAGAAAACACGAGCAAUGAGGGUUACAGAGAUCUUGCCUACGAGAUCGAGAUGCACAAGGCCGCCGCACUUUUGCGGGUGAAAUGCGGAGUAGAUGCGGCGGUGAAGAUCUACAGAAGCUUUGAACGCGUUGAGCGGCAGCAUGCGGUUCUGACGCCUCGAGCAGCGACAAAUCUUUCCUUCAUUUAUCUUCUCGAAGACGACCUCUCCCAGGCCACAAAAUACACCGACAUAGCUCUCGCUGGCGACCGGUACAACGCAUUUGCCCUCGUGAAUAAGGGAUGCUGCCUCCUGCUCGGCGGCAAGCGCCAGGAAGCACGAAAUCUCUUCCUGGAGGCACUGGGUCUCGAUGCGGAGUGUGUCGAAGCCCUGUACAAUUUCGGUCUUGCCUGCAAACUCGAUGCGCAAUUUGAGGAGGCUCUCAAGGCCUUCUCAAGGUUCCACCAAAUCUUCCCUCGCCAUCCAGAGGUUCUUUACCACCUCGGGGAUAUCAGCGAGGCGAUGGGUCAUUCCGAGAAAGCCGUGGAGUGGUUCUCGCUGCUGACAUCUCCCGGAGUGCGGCCUACGGACGCAGGCAUCCUGGGGCGCAUCGGUAGAGCGGCUGCGUCUCGGGCGGAAGACGACCAGGCACUUCACCAUUUCCUGAGCUCGUAUAGCUACUACCACUGCUCGCUUGACGUCAUCACUUGGCUCGGCGUGUACUACGUCAAGCAGCGGCUGUUCGACAAAGCCGCGGAGUUCUUUCGCCACGCCGCAGCUCUGCAGCCCGCAGAACCCAAGUGGCUGCUCAUGGCCGCUUCCUGCUACCGCCGCAGCGACAAUUUUCCGCGAGCUCUCGACUUGUACACGAAGGUGCACCAGGAGAACCCGGCAGACGUGGAGUGCCUCCGGUGUCUCGUCACCGUGUGCAAAGAACUAGGGAUCCCCUACGAUCACUAUGCCGCGAUGCUUCGCAGAGCAGAACAUGCAGAGGUCAAGGGGCAAAAUGGCCUGCAGGUCGGCAGCCUGUCGACUGGAGAUGAACGGCCUUUGUCCACCCUCUUGCGAGACAUGAAGGAACAUGUUGAGCGUCCGAAGGAGCAACGGCAGAGACAGCAACUGUGA